AUGAAGCUUCUUCCGGCCGCCGCUGUCUGCUGCAUUGUCCUCGUCCUCCUUUUCGAUGCUGCUCGUGUGGAGGCCCGAGGCACGCCUUCGGCUCAGGGGUCAAGGAACCAGUGGACCAGCAUGUUCGUCUUCGGCGACGACUUCGGCGACAACGGCAAUCUACCCAAGCUGAAGCGCGGCCAGACUGCAUCUGAAUCCAUCGGUGAAGACACCACCCGUCAGUGGAGCUAUCCCUACGGCUCAUAUCUUAGCUCUCGGGGACAAACCCCUGUUCCGACAGGACGCUUCUCCAACUAUCACAUUCAAUCAGAUAAAAGAUCUGUUUAUACUGCAAGACUCUUGGGUCUCACCGAAGCCCCUCCGGCGUACGUGCUCACCCCAGAUCAAUCCUGCGAUCCAUCCGGGAUGACCUUUGCUUUUGGUGGCGCUGGCGUGCACACGGUAUCGAAGAGUGCGCCAACCCUGGACGCGCAGGUCAACAUGUUCGCAAGCCUAGUUAACGACGGGGUCAUCUCCAAGGACCAGCUCCGCCGCUCCGUCGCGCUCGUCGCCAUCUCCGGCAACGACUACCUCAGCGGCGCCGACGUCGACCACGCCCACUUGAGUAGCUUCAGCGACAUGAAUACCUACAUUGCGGGCGUGACCUCUGAGAUCGUGAAGAACGUGGAACGGCUGCAGAGGCUCGGCCUGAGGAAGGUGAUCGUGAACAACCUGCACCCCAUCGGCUGCACGCCUCUGCAAUCUAGCUCCAGCAACUACACCUCCUGCGACCUUCUCGGCAACUACGGCGCAGCUCUGCACAACAGCAACCUGGAAAGGCUAAUGGGCAGGAAGAACAACGCCCACAUACUAGACCUCUACACAGCCUUCACCGACAUCGUCAACCACGCCUCCGGUGGACUGUCCGAUGAUGCCAAGAAGUUCAACCGCAAUUUGGCCCCGUGCUGUGCUAGCGCUUACGAUAACGGGUAUUGUGGGCAGCGCAGUCCUUCAGGGGAGCGCCUCUACGAACUAUGCGAGAAUCCCGACAAGUUCUUCUACUGGGACGAGAUGCACCCGACCAAUGCCGGGUGGAAGGCCGUGAUGAAGGCGCUAGAAGAGCCUUUGAAGGAGUUCCUUGAUCGAGAAUAUGUUCCUUGA